AUGGCGGCCCCUGGCGAUCAACGCAUCGCUGUUCCCAUUGACGAUCCCAACGCAGACACAGAGUGGAACGACAUCUUGCGGAAACAUGGAGUCAUUCCAGAAAAGCCACCGAGUCCUACCCCCUUGAUCCAGGAGGCUAUUCUUGAAGGGAGAAGACUGGCACACGAAAAUCGACUCGAGGGUAAAGAUCUGAAUGAGCUCGACGAGCUGGAAGAUUUCGAAGACGAUGAAUUUCUGGAUCAAUAUCGUCAAAAACGAAUAGCUGAGCUCAAUAGCCUGCAGAGGCAGUCCAUACAUGGCAGCGUAUACCCAAUUUCAAAGCCAGACUACCAGCGCGAAGUUACCGAGGCGUCCCAAAAGGGGCCUGUGUUUGUCAAUUUGACAUCGGGCACUGGGACUAAUGUUGAAUCGCGAGUCCUAUCAGAGCUCUGGAGACAGGCUGCUGAAGAAUAUGGAGAUGUUAAGUUUUGCGAAAUCAGAGCAAACCAAGCGAUUGAGAAUUACCCAGACAGAAAUUGUCCCACCAUUCUGGUCUACAGCAAAGGGGAAAUUGUUGAGCACAUAGUCACACUGGCGACCCUCGGAGGCGCUCGAACGAAUAUGCGCCACAUAGAUGGUAUCCUUUUGGAUGUCGGCGCUGUUUCCGAGUCGGAUAUGCGCAUAGUAAAGAGACGGCAAGCUGCUGAGGAUGCAGAAGAGGAACGACUUAACGGUAAGAGCAUAAAAACUGGCACAGCGGGACGAUCAAGAAAUAAUGAUGACGACGACGACGACGAUUGGGAUUGA